GAACGCCCCGCCCGCAGCAAUGAACCUCAACAACUUUAGCCAGGGCGGAGGCGGCGCCUCCGCCUCCGCCAGCAACAUCCCGGCCAAGUACGGGUCCGUACAGAGCUCCACCAACUCCACCCACAGCUUCAGCUACAACCACAGCUACGGCGCAGGCGCACACUCCAACUCGCCGUCCAAGUCCGCCCUCCACGGGCUUGCCAUCUCCUCGCACCCGUCGUCGCAGCAGCCUUCGCCGGCCUACUCCGCAGACACGGGCAGACGACCGAGUGCAAACGUGUCCAGGAUCUCCUUCUUGUACAACAACUCCUUCAUGGGCCACGGCGCCGGCGGCGCCGGAGGCGCCGGAGGCAGCAGCGGCAGCGGCGACAUUACCAGCACAUCGAACUCCCUCUCGAAUAUACCCGCCAGUGCGCACCCGCCGUUGCUGCGGCUCAACUCCGUACCGGAACGCUCCCGUUUCCAGGCCGCCAACGAGAUCUUGGCCUGCGACCGCUCUUGGGAGACCCCGAACUUGGUUGCCAUCGCCACGCCGAGAAACUUGCAGCUCCUCAAGGUGUCCAACUCCGACAUCAGCCUCGAAACAGACCUUUCCAUGAAACCACCCGGCAGAACCAAAAUCGGCACCAUCAGCGACCUCGCCUUCGGCCACCAGCAGUACGGCAGAUACGUAGCUGCAAGCACCAUCACGGGCUCCAUCCACCUGUACAACCUUGACAGGGGAGCCCGCAUGAAAAACACCCUUUCGGGCCACCAGCGGGCCGUCAACUCCAUUAGCUUCAACACCAUUGCCCCGCACUUGCUCGCCUCGGGCUCCCAGGACGGCAAGAUCCUCAUCUGGGACCUCAAGGCUAGUAACUCCAAGCCCUCCUUGUCCUUGUACUGCAACGCCGACGCAGUGAGGUGCAAUUCUUUUAGCCCGAAAAAGGCCAAUGUCUUGGCAGCCGUCUUCGACUCUGGAGUGGUGGAAAAAUGGGACUUGAGGAAGACCAAUACCUGGGAGAAGAGAAUCAACGCACACACGGGUCCGGCCCUCUCUGUGCAUUGGCAUCCCGAACUCGACUACAUCGUCACCGGUGGAAGAGAUAAGCAACUGCAAGUCUGGAACAUGGGCUCUAAUGCAGAUUGCCGUGAGCCUUCUCAUGUCAUUAACACCUCGGGCCCUAUCUAUAAAGCCAAAUGGUGCAAAGGGAGGGGAAACGGCUCCAUAAUGAAUACAGAUAUCGCAGUCUCAUUUUUCAACGAUGACCCCUGCGUUCAAAUCUGGAAUUUGAACAGAAAGUACAUCCCGAAAGCUAUCAUAUCCGGUCACUCGGCACCCAUCACCCACAUCGUCUGGAGAACCCCAAAAAACCUCAUCAGCUGCUCUAAGGACAAGUUACUGAUCCAGUAUGAUGUCACCAAGGAACCUAAUUUCAUUGACAAAAUACCUACAGGAGCUUUUGCCUGGAAUCCAAGUGAAAAGAACGACUUCGUUUUUAUCAAACAGAAAAAAUCACAGUUUGAAGGGCCUUUCACGCAUACACGCCCAACACAACUAGGUGAGCUCAAUACAGUCGAAGAGGUGGACUUGGUAACUAAUAGCAGUACCUCUACGAAUAUGAGUGCUCAAAGCUCCAUGAUAGCAACAGCCCCGGAAAAUGGGAUGCAAAUGUACGAAAUGAUUAGUACCUCUCCGGGAGGCCAUUCACCCACCUUGGCAUCAUCAUUGAAGCUGCAACGUCAACAACCACCAACAAGGCAACCAUCUUUCAUGAAACCUGUUCCAAAAUGCCUGCCUCCACCAGCAUGGGUAACUCCAGUCCAUGUCCCCUUACCCUCUAAUAACACAGAAAAAUUUAAGUUCUUGUCAACCCAUUAUAUGAUCAAAGUUCCAGAAGGAUCGGACAUUACUGAAGUUUGUGAAUACAAUUCCAUGCUUGCUGCAUCUGUUGGCUACUUCAGGGAUUCCCAAACGUGGAAAACAAUCAAAGUGGCCAUCCUCCUAGAGUUCGAGGAAAAGAACGAUGCAGAGAUUGAAUCGAAGCUGCACCAGUUUGAAUUUCACAAGAUAGAUCAACUGAGUAGAUCAGAUAGCCGCCUUGGAACUUCGUAUGGAUCAGAGAGCGAUAUCAUGAAAAGAGUGGGAAGCGAGCUGUCAGGCUCUUACAUUAGCGAAGUAAUUAGCACCAACGACAAGCCUACCACCGAAGCGAAUUUGGUUAAGUAUGAUGAAAGUGCGAUAAUCGACGAUGAAGAUGAAGAUAUUGAAGAGAAGGAGCAGGAAGAGGAGCAGGAUGAAAAGGACAAUCAAAAAGAACAAGAAAAUCAAAAGGAGAAACAAGCGAAGGAGAGAGAGCACGAGCAGAAACAAGUGCAAGAGGACAAGCUUCGACUAGAAAAGAAAGAAAAUAGUUUUGACGGUAAGCUUUUGGAAAGUGAGAUGCUCGUCGAGGAUGACGACAAGAAAGUAGAUGAAAAUGAUACCAUAAUUAUUUCUUCUGCUAAAAAUAGUCACAAUGGCGUCGGAGACAGCACUAUCAACCUUGACGGGAAACCCAACGAGCAGAGCAAAAUAGGAGUUCCAAAUGGAAGUGUCGAAACAGCGAAUUCUUUCAAACAACAUCAAGAGAACAGACCACUGCUGCCGUCACAGAUUAGCCCUAUCGAAAUUGAGGCCAAGAUCAGAAGACAGCGGGGUGAGUCCAUGGCUCGGCAAUACAGGUACUCCUUCACAGGAUCGUCUGUUGAUAUGGACGAUGAGAAGUCGGGUUCGCCAAUGUCGUUGUCGUGCUCCCCUCUGAUUCAUAAAUCACGCAGCAAGUUGAUGAUGUCACUGAAAAACUCCGGCAGUGAGGAAGUCUCUUUGAACAUUGGAAAAAGUGUGGAAACGAGAUUUAGCAGAAUUUCCGAUAGCAAGAGUCAGUUGACUGCGAUCUUGAAAGAGAGCAACAAGAUGACCAACCUCACUUCUGGUGCUGGGAACUCCAGCGAUCCACACCCAUCACGCGAGAACAGUACCAACCAAUAUCAUACACACGACAAGCUGACUGUUCCUUGGAACCCGGCAGACUUGAUAAAGUAUGCUUCCCAGUACAGCGCCGACCAAGGUGAUGUGUUGAUGUGUGCCACUCUUGCAUUGCUCUUCGAACAGCUUUAUCCGAGCUCGGUAACAUUCGAAAAGGCGGAGGAGUGGAUUUACUUGUACCACGAGUACUUGCUACGCUGCGGAUACUUCAGCAAUGCGGCCACAGUGCUGCGGAUUGCCUCCGAGACACACGACUGCUUCACUAAAGUCGGUCAGACAAAAACCUCAGUUCGACUACUCUGCUGCCACUGCGGCAAGCCGCUUUUAAACGACGAAAGCAAAGAGUCAUUCAACAACAGGGCCCUCAAACAGAGUAAAGGAGAAGAUCUCGAGAUGCACAAAAACGACUUUGGCUUCUGGUACUGCGACAAGUGCCGUAAACUUCAAGGCGGAUGCUGCUACUGCGCCGAGCCCAUCAAGGGCAACACCGUUGCGUUAGUAGGAUGUGGCCAUGAAGGUCAUUUUGGCUGCUUCAGGACGUGGUUUGUCGACCAAGGCGAGUCCGAAUGUCCGGCGUGUGGUGCCCUCUGUGUGAAAUAGUGACAUGUAAUAAUUUUUUAACAAUUUGUAACAAUGUACAUUUUCUUAUUGCAAUCGGCCCU